CCCGAGGGCGGCGGCGGUAGCGUGGUGGUCGGGGUGGCGGAGGUGAGAAGCUGGCGUUGCUGCUGCCUCGGCAGCACCUGUUGGUGCCGGAGCCUCGUGCUGGUGUGCGCUCUGGCCGCCCUGUGCUUUGCUUCCCUGGCCCUGGUCCGCCGCUACCUGCAGCAUCUCCUGCUCUGGGUGGAAAGCCUCGACUCUCUGUUCGGCGUCUUGCUCUUCGUCGUGGGCUUCAUCGUUGUCUCGUUUCCCUGCGGCUGGGGCUACAUCGUGCUCAACGUGGCCGCUGGCUACCUGUAUGGCUUCGUGCUGGGCAUGGGUCUCAUGGUGGUGGGCGUCCUCAUCGGCACCUUCAUCGCCCAUGUGGUCUGCAAGCGGCUUCUCACUGCCUGGGUGGCCGCCAGGAUCCAGAGCAGCGACAAGCUGAGCGCCGUCAUUCGCGUCGUGGAGGGAGGAAGCGGCCUGAAGGUGGUGGCUCUGGCCAGACUGACCCCCAUACCUUUUGGGCUUCAGAAUGCAGUGUUUUCGAUUACCGAUCUCUCAUUACCCAACUAUCUGAUGGCAUCUUCGGUUGGACUGCUUCCUACUCAGCUUCUGAAUUCUUACUUGGGUACCACCCUGCGGACAAUGGAAGAUGUCAUUGCGGAACAGAGUGUUAGUGGAUAUUUUGUUUUUUGUUUACAGAUUAUUAUAAGCAUCGGCCUCAUGUUUUAUGUAGUACAUCGAGCCCAAGUGGAGUUGAAUGCAGCUAUUGUAGCUUGCGAAAUGGAACUAAAAACCUCUCUGGUUAAAGGCAGUCAACCAAAUACCAGCGGCUCUUCAUUCUACAACAAGAGGACCCUAGCAUUUUCUGGAGACUUCAGGAACAACAUUUUUGAGCUGAAUUGAUGGACUUGGAGUUUUGUUUCAGUCAGAAGCUACUCAUUUCAGAAUGAUGGUCAGUAUUACACUGUCAGGUGUUUAGAUUGGAUAUUGCUGAUUUCUGUUGUAAUAAAGUAUUUAAGGUAUAAUUUUUUGAAGGGUCACUGCAUAAAGCUGAAAAGUUAUUUUUUAAAAGUUCAAGUAUGGUGGCACACUCCUGUAAUCCCAGCAUUUGGGAGGCUGAGGCAGGAGGAUAGCUGUGGGUUCAAGGACAGUUUAGGUUACACGGUGAGUUCAGGGCUAUAACCUGGACUAUGUGGCAAGACCCUGUCUCUAAAACACAAAAUUAAGGGAGAGGAAUUCCUAUUCCACAGGCUAUUGAAGACUCAGAAGUUUAAAUGAACUAAUGUAUUGAACAUAAACUGUUACCUUAUUCCAUAACUAAGUUGUAAUCAUUGCUUCUGAACUGUAAAGAGAUUGCUACAAACUAUUUCUAAGGUGGCUAAAGAUUUAAACUAAGUAAUUCUAAAGGGGAGUA